UCUUCUUCAUCUCUGGCUGGUGUAGAUUACAGACAUUCAGAGUUUGUCACAGUCAUAAUGGCUCCUCAGUAUGCCCCCAGUCUCCGCUCAAGAUUUCCUCUUGUGGCCUUUCUGCUGGAAACUGUCUUUAUACUAUUGUUUGUCUUUUUUGUGAAAAUAGAGCAGCAUGAGCAGAUUGACAGAGAGUCUGACAGUAAGCUUUUCAUCCGCUCAUAUGCAGAAUUCCAAGAUAUUCAUGUGAUGAUAUUCAUGGGGUUUGGAUUCCUGGCCACGUUCCUUGUACGAUAUGGUUUCAGUGGAUCAGGGUUUAAUGUGCUGUUAGCAGCAAUGGCCAUCCAGUGGGCCGUCAUGAUGAACGGCUUCCUGCUGCCACAACGCCACUACAGAAGAGAGAUAUACAUCAGUAUGAAAAGUGUGAUCGAGGCAGAGCUCUGUGCAGCAUCCGCUCUGGUUGCAAUGGGAGCGGUCCAUGGAAAGACAAAUCCUGUCCAGCUUUUACUAAUGGUUCUGGUGGAGGUCACUGGAUUUGUGAUCAAUCAGUGGAUCCUGCGAACCCUGCUCAGUGCAGAUCCACUGUACAGCAUCAUGCUGCUGCAUAUCUUCGGAGCCCUUUUUGGUAUGAUGGUGUCAUGGGUGCUGCACAGAGAGGGAAUCAAUCCAAAACAUGAGAAAGAGAAAACUGACCGUAACACUGGCUUAUUCGCAAUGCUUGGAACACUGUUUCUGUGGAUGUUCUGGCCCAGUUUUAACUCGGCACUGGUGUCUCACAGGCGGGACAGAGAACUGAAGCUCACUGUGAUAUAUGGGACUUACCUGUCUCUGGCCGUCAGUGUUGUCAUGGCGAUGUCUGUUUCUAUGCUCACCAACUCCAAAGGAAAGAUAAACAUGGUUCAUAUCCAGAGCUCUGCCCUGUCUGGUGGUGUUGCCAUUGGAGUUGCCAUGACAGCAGUCCACACUCCGUGGAUUGCAAUGACGACUGGCUUCUUUGCCGCUCUCUUAUCAGCCCUGGGAUUCCGGUAUAUGAAGGAUCACAUGCUGUUUGCUUUUGAGUGUCAUGACACCUGCGGCGUCAUCAAUGUGCACGCCAUACCAGGAAUUCUGGGAUGGUUUGCUCAUUUAAUUCUACGGCUGGCCAGUAGUGAAAGCACAAUAGCUGUGCGGCUUGCUGUGCAUCACAUCUGUGUCCUCCUCAUAACAGUGUGCAUGAGUCUGGUGAUGGGCACAGCUACAGGACUUUUCCUUAAAUGGAGUUUCUGGAGACCCCAGCAAGACAGAAAAUGCUUCGAUGACCAGGCAUUCUGGGAGUUUCCAAAUUUGGUGGUAAAGAAAUGAAGAACUUGUGGGCACAUCGAUAAGAGAACUCCAGGCAUAAAUGCAUGAAUGCAGUUAGCACAAAAUGUGUAUGUGUGUGUUUGAGAAGUCAGAGGUUGCUUAAGUAAACAAUUUACGAUAUAAAAUGUCCUUGAAUGUAAAUCAGUAUGCUUUCUAACUUAAAAAAAAAUCAUACAAAACAACACUGGCAAAGAAAUUUCCAAGCCUUUGGAAAUUAAGGCUAUAUUAAAUUACUUAAGUGGAAGCAAGACACACAGAGAAUAGUUUGUUUCAUGAUGAUGACAAACUCAUAAUCAUAUACCACAACACCAACUAAUUUAAUAUAUAAAAAAUAACCUGAUGGAACACUGUACAUUGACCUAGCUCAUAAACCCAUUAUUCAUCUGUAUUUUGAAUAUAUGAAUAUAGUGAAAAAUUGAACUUUUGGAAAGAAAAAACACUGGCUCCAUACAUAUUUACAAUAAUUUUAUUAAUUUUAAACCCACAGUUGAAUGAAUUUUAGCUACUUUUUGUCAGAAGAGAGACAUGGAUUACAUUAAAAUGUUACAUUCUUUUAGCAUGUAGAAAUUACAGAAUCUCUAAUUUGUCAGUUUACAGACGAGUCAAAAUCUCUGACAUCACCUUAUUCUCCCAUAACCACUGAAAUAAUAAGAAAUUGUGCUUUUUUAAAAACAUUUAACAUUUUUAUACAACUCCCACAUGCCCAAACAUACACAUAGAGAGUGACCUUAACGCUUCAUAACACAAAAUAUAUAACCAGGGUUCCCACAGUCAAGGAAAAUAUGCUGUUUGUUUCUAUUAGUUGCAGAGAAAAAAAAAAAAAUGUUGACAGUGAAUGUACAUGUUUCUGGUGAUGCUCAGCUCUAAGAAACUAAUCUUGCUCAGUGCAAUCUCCGUAAAAUAAUUUUUAAAAAUCUGUAAUAAUGAAUGACUGGAAAAGGUGUGGGAAUCCAUAGAACAUAAUAUAUAAAAAUCUUCCAAAAGUAAGACAUCGAAUAAAAAAAACCUGUUGUAGUGAUGUCAACUGACUGAAGGAUGAACUACGACCGAACAUGAAAUUUCAAGAAAUUAUGCAUGAAAGUGAUCCAACAGAUACAAAUUUGGUGGAUUAUGUAAAAAAGAAAAGACUUCUAUUCAAAUGACAAAACAAUAAAAACAGAAACACAGUAAAGCUGAAUGUUACACUCAUUUUGGUUAAUAAACGAUUCUGCUCAAAAACUC